UCCUUCCCGGUUUCCCCCCCCCUUCUUUUUCUCUCCGUCCCGCGCGGUCGUCAGGAGAGGCCUGAGGCGGCGGAGCGGUGCGUGGAGGAGCCGCGGCGCCGGCUGAGAGCUGAGAGCGAAGAGACGCGACGCUAGACGGAAAGAGGAGUGUUGCCAGAAUGUCUGACAGCGAGGACAGCAACUUUUCUGAAGAUGAGAGCGAGCGCAGCAGUGAGGCAGAGGAGGUAGAGGAGAAUGAGGCAGAAGAGCGUGUGAGUGUCGUAGGCAGUGAGAAAGAAGAAGUGGAAGAAGAGGAGGAGGAGGAAGAAGAGGAAGAAUACGAUGAAGAGGAGGAGGAGGAGGAUGACGACCGGCCUGCCAAGAAGCCCAGACACGGAGGCUUUAUUUUGGACGAAGCUGAUGUGGAUGAUGAGUAUGAAGAUGAAGAUCAGUGGGAAGACGGCGCAGAGGACAUCCUGGAGAAAGAAGAAAUUGAAGCGUCCAACAUUGACAAUGUGGUUCUGGAUGAGGAUCGCUCUGGGGCACGGAGACUGCAGAACUUGUGGAGGGACCAACGAGAGGAGGAGCUGGGCGAGUAUUACAUGAAGAAAUACGCCAAGUCCUCCGUUGGCGAAACGGUUUAUGGUGGCUCCGACGAACUCUCUGAUGACAUCACACAGCAGCAGUUAUUGCCUGGAGUCAAGGAUCCCAACCUCUGGACUGUGAAAUGUAAGAUCGGAGAGGAACGAGCUACAGCCAUUGCCCUCAUGAGGAAGUUCAUUGCCUACCAGUUCACUGACACACCCUUGCAGAUCAAGUCCGUGGUUGCCCCUGAGCACGUGAAGGGUUACAUCUACGUGGAGGCCUACAAGCAGACCCACGUGAAGCAGGCCAUUGAGGGGGUGGGCAAUCUACGGAUGGGCUACUGGAACCAACAGAUGGUGCCCAUCAAGGAGAUGACGGACGUGCUCAAGGUGGUGAAGGAGGUGACCAACCUGAAGCCCAAGUCCUGGGUGCGGCUCAAGCGCGGCAUCUAUAAGGACGACAUCGCUCAGGUGGAUUACGUGGAGCCGAGCCAGAAUCAGAUUUCGUUGAAGAUGAUCCCACGGAUCGAUUUUGACCGCAUCAAAGCCCACAUGAGUCUGAAAGACUGGAUUGCCAAGCGGAAGAAGUUCAAACGUCCCCCGCAGCGUCUGUUUGAUGCUGAAAAGAUCAGGUCUUUGGGUGGAGAUGUGGCCUCAGAUGGGGAUUUCCUCAUCUUUGAAGGGAAUCGCUACAGCCGGAAAGGGUUCCUCUUCAAGAGCUUUGCUAUGUCUGCCGUGAUCACAGAAGGAGUGAAGCCCACUCUGUCUGAGCUGGAGAAAUUCGAAGACCAGCCGGAAGGUAUUGACCUGGAGGUGGUGACAGAAAGCACAGGGAAGGAACGGGAGCACAACUUCCAGCCUGGGGACAACGUGGAAGUGUGUGAAGGGGAGUUGAUCAACCUCCAGGGCAAGAUCCUGAGUGUGGACGGGAACAAGAUCACCAUCAUGCCAAAGCAUGAAGACCUCAAGGACAUGUUGGAGUUCCCGGCCCAAGAGUUGCGCAAGUACUUCAAAAUGGGGGACCACGUGAAGGUGAUCGCCGGGCGCUUUGAGGGCGACACGGGGCUGAUUGUGCGUGUGGAGGAGAACUUCGUCAUCCUCUUCUCUGACCUCACGAUGCACGAGCUCAAAGUCCUCCCCCGGGACCUCCAGCUCUGCUCAGAGACGGCUUCUGGUGUGGACGUGGGGGGCCAGCAUGAGUGGGGGGAGCUGGUGCAGCUGGACCCUCAGACGGUGGGCGUCAUCGUCCGUCUGGAGCGGGAGACCUUCCAGGUCCUCAACAUGUACGGCAAAGUGGUGACCGUCAGGCACCAGGCGGUGAACCGGAAGAAAGACAACCGGUUUGCGGUGGCCCUGGACUCGGAGCAGAACAACAUCCACGUGAAGGACAUUGUGAAAGUCAUUGAUGGGCCGCACUCGGGCCGGGAGGGAGAGAUCCGUCACCUGUUCAGGGGCUUUGCUUUCCUGCAUUGCAAGAAGCUGGUGGAAAACGGGGGCAUGUUCGUGUGCAAGACUCGUCAUUUCGUUCUGGCUGGAGGCUCAAAGCCCCGGGACGUCACGAACUUUACCAUUAGUGGCUUUGCACCCAUGAGUCCUCGCAUCAACAGUCCCAUGCACCCGAGUGCUGGAGGACAGCGUGGCGGCUUUGGAGGAGGUGGUGGUGGUGGUGGUAUGAGCCGAGGUCGCGGGCGCAGAGACAACGACCUCAUAGGGCAGACGGUGCGGAUUUCCCAAGGGCCCUACAAAGGCUACAUUGGCGUGGUCAAGGAUGCCACAGAAUCCACUGCCCGUGUGGAGCUGCAUUCCACCUGCCAGACCAUCUCAGUGGACCGGCAGCGCCUCACCACAGUCGGUUCGAGGAGACCAGGCAGCAUGACCGCUUACAGGAGUACCCCUAUGUAUGGCUCUCAGACUCCCAUGUACGGCUCAGGGUCCCGCACACCCAUGUAUGGCUCCCAGACUCCGCUGCACGAUGGCAACAGGACUCCUCACUACGGCUCUCAAACGCCCCUGCAUGACGGCAGCCGGACUCCUGCGCAGAGCGGGGCUUGGGACCCCAACAACCCCAACACGCCCUCCAGGGCGGAGGAGGAGUUCGACUACGGCUUUGACGACGAGCCCACCCCUUCUCCUCAAGGCUACGGGGGAACUCCCAACCCCCAGACCCCUGGGUAUCCCGACCCUUCUUCCCCGCAGGUUAACCCCCCGUACAACCCUCAGACGCCCGGCACCCCAGCCAUGUAUAACACAGACCAGUUUUCUCCGUAUGCAGUGCCCUCCCCUCAAGGCUCUUACCAACCGAGUCCCAGCCCCCAAAGUUUCCACCAAGUGGCGCCUAGCCCUGUGGGCUACCAGAACACCCAUUCGCCAGCUAGUUACCACCCGACACCGUCGCCAAUGGCAUACCAGGCCAGCCCCAGCCCCAGCCCUGUGGGCUACAGUCCUAUGACCCCAGGUGCUCCUUCUCCAGGAGGUUACAACCCUCACACCCCUGGCUCUGGGAUUGAGCAGAGCUCCAGCGAUUGGGUCACCACCGACAUCCAGGUCAAAGUGCGUGACACUUACUUGGACAGCCAGGUCGUGGGGCAGACGGGCGUCAUCCGCAGCGUGACCGGCGGGAUGUGCUCAGUCUACCUUAAGGACAGUGAGAAGGUGGUCAGCAUUUCCAGCGAGCACCUGGAGCCUGUCACGCCAACCAAGAACAAUAAGGUCAAGGUCAUCUUGGGAGAGGACAGGGAGGCUACCGGCGUUCUGUUGAGCAUCGAUGGAGAGGACGGCAUUGUCCGCAUGGACCUGGAAGAACAGCUCAAGAUUCUCAACCUCCGUUUCCUUGGCAAACUGCUAGAGGCCUAGAAGGAUGGAGAAUAAUUUUGUGUGUGUGACAUGGGUGGCUGUUUUCCUUUUCCUUUUCUUUUCUAGCAUAUCGCCUGCAGACUGCUACAGCAUGUCCUUGUACAGAUUUGCUCCCGAGGAAGUUUUAUUUUUGUGUGUGCGCGCGCACGCUUUCUGUCUCUGUUUAUUUCCCCAGCCUAGCAGGUGACUUUGCUUUUUUGGGGGGUUGGGGACAAUCUUGCAGUUGUGCGUAAAGUGACUUCAGCAAAAGACAUGCAGUGAGCGGAGCACGUUCUUUCUCUCCCGUAGCACUUUAUGCCCUCUACAGCACCUGAACCAUCUAGUGUGUAGCUUGUUUUAAUAAAACAUUCCCAUAUACCCCCCUCCAUA